AUGCCAUCUACUCUAUACAAGCAAAGCUCUAAUUUUACGCAUUCCACCGGUUCGUUUCUGAAAAGCGCACCUGUUGAGCUAACCACGGUGUCCGGGUACAACGAUUUCAUCGAAAGGCUGAACAAGAAGGACGGUGGCCAAAUAUCGACCAUUUUAAGCGAAGAUAAAUCACAGGGAUAUGUCCUUCAGGACGGUGAGACGAUCGCUACGAUACACGGCGAAGCUAAGGAUUACUUGUUGAGUCUGGGUGGCGUGACGGACCAAUAG